CCUCUUCCUCCCCCACCACCCGCUUCCUCUUCUUCACUAACUCCAGUUAUUAAGAAAGCAGAGUCGGAGGCAGUGCUGAGCCAGAGAUGCAGCAACUCCCUGUGUUCCUCCUUGAGAUUUCUCUUUGCCAGGAUACAGUCUGGUAAAUUUGCAGCAGCCGCCACGGAGAGAACUCAGGAACCCACCUUGGACCCGCCGUGUCCCUUUGACGGAGCAUUCUGGAUUCAGAGACCCCCCCAGCAGGGGUGCUUUGCUGGCAUUCCCAAGCCUCCUGCCAUCCCGCAAGCCUCGCCUGUCCUAUCUCCCUCUUCAGCUGUUUGCUACAUGGAGAAUAAGAGCUGCAAAGGGGACAGCCUGCGGCCAGCUGUACAGUGCAAACACACUGUGGAGAAGAAGACAAUGACUAACCCCACGACGGUGAUUGAAAUCUACCCAGACACCACUGAGGUGAACGAUUACUAUCUCUGGUCCAUCUUCAACUUUGUAUACCUCAACUUCUGCUGUCUCGGCUUCAUCGCCUUGGCCUAUUCUUUGAAAGUCCGGGAUAAGAAACUCCUCAAUGACCUGAACGGAGCAGUCGAAGAUGCCAAGACAGCCCGGCUUUUUAACAUUACCAGCUCAGCACUCGCCACUUUCUGCAUCAUCCUCGUCUUCAUCUUCCUGCGCUACCCGCUCACUGACUAUUAGAGCAAGGCCAGCAGCCACUGCCGAAAUGCCUCAGUGCCAGAAGUGUCCACUGAAUUUCCUCCAGCAAGGACAUGAAACAACAAUCCAUCUUGACUGCAAAAAAUAAAUACAAAGUAAACUCUACCAAGCAACCCCCCCAACUCCCAACCCUGACUGGGAUUUGAAUUUCUGUGGAAAAGGAAAUUACUUUUACAUUUUUUACAGAAAAAUAUUUAUUUUCAUGAUUAACAGAAGUGGGUGAUGACAACAUGCGAAGCUUAGAACUAACCACAACAUGAGCCAAUAGCUGUGUAGCUAGAUGCUGCAACCAUAGUGGCGGCCGAGGAGUCAGAGAAAACAUUGUGUCAUCGACGAUCUGCUGAUUAAAGUUACAUAAGCAGUCCAAGCGCUGAGCUGUGUCUUAGAUGGAAAACAGCAAAUAACCCUAUUGGGAGAGCUGAACUCCAGAUCUACCAGGAAGCAGGUGCACUGAUUUAGAGCUCAAGAGAUGGAGGAAAAAUGCCUGCUACUGUGAGAUAAAACUGAGACGUAAAGCUGGGCAGAUUCAGGACAUAUCAGAUGUGUUCGGGCUGCUACCACGUCCUCUCUCUCUCUUCUCCCCUUCCCUUCACUCCCCUGUAUAUUUUGUUCUUUUCCUCUUUUUAUACAUUUAUUCAUUGAAUUUCAUUUGAAGGCCAGAAUAGCUUACCAUUUCCCAUCCCCAGAGAGUUUUAUCCUUGAGAGUUCAUAGUGGAGAAUUCUGAAGCCUCCCAAUAAACCCCAAAGAAUUAAAACAAAACAAAACUCCUCCAUGGAAUCUCCUGCAAAUGCUGAGAACGUAAGGCAACCUUUGGAGAACUUGCAUAUAUCCUGUAUACCGACUCCUACUGUAUUUCUGUAAACUUUCAAUAAAGAUAAUAAUACGUCUGCCUAUC